AUGGGAAAGAUCCACACCGCCGAGGCGAUGCAAGCCAUCAAACUUGACUUACUUAUGUGUCAAGAUGUCAGCUAUCGGUCAGGAGACGUCUACUUCGCUGUGCUGGACUGCCUUGUUGGUCGCACACCAGGUGUCAUGGCGGGUAUCCGACUAAAGAGAGUGUCAGAUGAGGAAUAUCUCAGAGUAGAUGCUGACCAGAUUUUCGAGUUUGCACGACUGGCUCGCAACGGAACCGUUGACAUUGAGGGCUUCGACCCUCUCAAGGAACAGGGAGAGUUGGCAGAGCUAAGAACACGCACCAAUCAUAAGGGAUGGAAGCUAAGACCUGUUCGACUUUCACCACCACAGGCUCCACGGGUCACGCAGGCCACUGCGUCCUCGAUAUCUCCUGGAUUCUGGUUGCUGCCCCCAGCCGGCGCAUCUCCAUCAGACAUACAAGUCAUGGCAGCAUACCCUCGGACUUUCUGGGAUAACGACGGCUUGAUCAUGCAGCCUCCAACGGCGCCGUCUACUUCACACAAGACGGGUGCUUUGCAAUUCCGGAUAGGACGACUACAGGUUCUGCUCAUCUUUGGACAGGUCCAAACCCCCAAGGGUAUGAAGCCUUGGUGUGUGAUGGAGCAAUACGCCGGAAAUGUUGCUCUAGAGCAAUGGUACAAUCAGUUUGAGGUGGCUGUCGAGCCUGGUGUGUUUUACGGGAGCAAUCAUCGGGAUGUGAGGCCGCCACGAGGAUGGAUCAGCAUGAAGAUGCGAGAAGCCAAGGUAUCUGGAAACCGGGACAUGUGCUUAAUGCAGCUUUGUGCAUAAGAAGGACUUUGGUGUUUCUGGAAGUUUUGUUGUGUGUAAG